ACCCAAAGUUGUCGUCCCUUAAACUCACUUACUGUUUGUCAGUGUAAGGAACGAUAACUCUGGGUAGAGUGCUGUCGUUCUAUUGUCACUGUGUGAAGGAGUUUACUCGCAUUUACCUCAUUGCUGAAUCCCACACAGAGGAGAUAACUGCCGAUUUUUUUAACAAACAAUAUUCUGCCAUUAUCUACUGGUUCGGCCUAAUCAUAGCACGGCUUUUCGAUAUGCGAUGAUCUAGUUUGUGACCUUUACCAUAAAUAACAUGGCGCUGUCCAAAGUAACGGAUGCGAUUUUAGACCUUCCCGUGAGUGUGAAGGCUGUGGGCGGGGCUGUGCUCGCAGGGGCAACGCUAGCUGUUGUUUGGAGGGGUCGUUGGGCCCGUCAAACCAACAAGAAGGUAUACCCUCGGGAUACAAUUGUUAUCCAUCAGAUGGGACGUGGUCCUCACGUGCCCAGUCUUACGCCCUUUGCUAUUAAGUUAGAGACGUACUUCCGGAUGGAGGGCAUUCCCUACCAGACAGAACAUAGUUUGUUUAGGAAAAGUAAGAAAACUAAAAAGAUACCCUUUUUGAUGUACAAUGAUGAAGAAGUGCCAGAUAGCGAGUUUAUCCUGGAGUUCCUUAGUAAGGAAAAGAACUUUGACCUGCAUAAGGGCCUCACAGAGGAACAGAUCGGAAUCGGCAGGGCUUUCCAGAGAAUGACAGAGGAAAAUACUUACUGGUGCUUUGUAGCAGAUCGAUGGGUUCUUGACGAAACUAAUGAAGGCUGGGAUACGUUUAAUGUCUCUAGACUUAUAAGGUAUCUAGCAAAGCGUAUUAGACGGAAGAAGCUGUAUGCACAAGGUACAGGGCGACACACACCAGAGGAAAUACGUCACAUCAUGUCAGAAGAUCUUAAGGCCCUGUCGUACUACCUUGGAUCGAAGAAGUUUCUGUUCGGCGACAAAGCGUGCAAAUUUGACUGUGCUAUCUUUGGAAUCCUGGCUGAGAUAAGAUGGGCGUCAUUCGGCGGGUUUGGAACAUCCGUCAUAAAGGAGUAUCCUAACCUAUGCGACUACUGUGAACGAAUGAAGGAAACGUUCUGGCCGGACUGGGAGGAGAUGAUACAGAGAGACUGUACCAAGUAGACGACAUGCUUUCACUCACUCAUAACCGGACAAAAGCUAUGGAAGAAACAUGGACGUAGAACGUUUGUUUUUGUUUGAAUGAUGUUGUGAAAAUAGUAGGCUGAUUUCCGAACAUCAAUUCGCAGACUAUCUGUUAGAAUAAAAUAUAAAAAGGUGAAAUAAAUACAUUUUGUACAUUUUCUGAUGA